AAUCGUGCGACUUCAGGCGGCUGCUGUGAGUGUGAUCCAGGGUGGAGUGGAUGGCGAUGCGAUAUACCUCUCUGUCAUCCGAAUUGCAUUCAUGGAACCUGUAUCGCACCCGACCUGUGCCACUGCGACGCUGGCUGGAAGGGACCCCAUUUUAAGGCUAGUUUAUCACUGUAACUAUCCCCUGAUGUGGAGCGCGCUGAGCCUGAGUGGCGCCCGCCUUGAUUUCAAGGGGAGCAGCCUGGGGCUUUUCACUCUACCAGGGAUAGGGAAAAACUAGCGCUAACCAAUGCAUGGACCCUACUUGCGAUCCAGAGUGUGUAGCGGAUCAAGGCGUUUGCGUCUACACGAACACAUGCGAGUGCUUCUACGGGUGGGGCGGGGUGAGUUGUGAGGUAAUUGGCAAUUUAGUUGUUAGAAAUUGAAAUCACGUACUGUCUCUGAGGCUGCUGCACAUGAUGCAUACUUUUAUACUUGAUAGUUUAUCAAUCGGUCUAUUUGCUCUUCUAUUCAGAAGGUACAAAUAGGCUGCAUGACCUCAUCUCACGUACACAACUAGAUUCGCCAUUGCCACACUGGAUUUGGUUUUAGUACCUUUUGUUCCCAAGAAUUACAGAACAACAACCACCUUAACUUUUGUAGAUAGGGCCUAAUAAACUGCUCCUUCUAGAAACCGAUCUCGCUUCCGGCAUGUGUGAAUGGAGCAGCGUAUAUGCCUGAUAUGUGCGAAUGCAACAGAGGAUGGGCAGGUAGAAUUUGCGACUAUCCUCUUUGUCAGUCUUGGCCUGCGCCUUCUCAGGAUUGCGGACAUGGGAGCUGUAUUGAGCCAUAUAAUUAA